AUGAAUGCUAUAUUGUCACUCCUCAAAGAAAUAUUCAAUCCUGACAAAUAUGAACGCUUUAUCAUAGUAAUGGAAGUUCUUAUUCUUAUCGCCGCCUUCUUCGCAUUAAUCUGUUACCAUCGGCUCAAAUACGGAACGUUCUUCCCUCUCCCUCAGUCUUCCUCCGGCGAUGUAAGGGAUUUACAGUUACAGCCAACAACGGUGGAGUUCCACCGCUACCACCACAGUCACACACAGGGUUUAAACGAGUCAGUUAUAAACAUAAUUCCAUCAUUCAUCUACUCUACUAACAAUGAACAAAAAGAAGAAUCUCCACGUGAUUGUGCGGUUUGUUUGGUUGAGUUUAAAGACGAUGAUUAUGUUCGCAAACUUCCUCUUUGUUCCCACACGUUCCAUCUUCAUUGUGUUGAUACUUGGCUUCGCUCACACCCUAACUGUCCUCUUUGUCGCUCAUGUCUUCGCUGUGAUUUUUCUGAGUUGCCUUUCAGACCUCUCAUGUCCGAGAGAAUCCGCCCCUCAUCGGUGAUGCAGAUCGCCCUCCCCACUCUCCCCACACGAGGAUCGGUUUAG